AUGGAGCUCUCUAAAUAUUUGAUUGAAUUUGAUUUAUGCAAAUCCCGAGCAGAUUAUUCUAUGUUCAUUUAUCAGUCUAAUGAUGCCUUAAUUUAUUUUAUGGUGUAUGUAGAUGACAUUGUAGUCACAGGAAAUUCUAAUGAGCUGUUGGAUCAUUUUGUUUCCUGCUUAGCACAACGGUUUUCAGUUAAAGACUUAGGAGCGUUACAUCAUUUUCUUGGCGUUGAGGUAAUUCCCACUCCGAAUGACUUGUUCUUGUCUCAAUCGCAGUAUAUUAUUGAUAUCUUGAAAGAGGUUGACAUGCAUGAAGCCAAGAUUGUGCAUACACCUAUUGGGUCUUCGGUUGACUUAUUCCGACCAAAGGAUCACAGUGAUGCUUCUACUGAUGCUACAUAUAUUGAAGGGUAA